AAAUAAAACUCUAUAUAUAGAAACCAUCCUGAGAUCUCUUCUUUCCUCAUAUACACUCCACGUGAACUACUACUUCCCAAUUCUAAUCUCUCUCUCUCUCUCUCUCUCUCUCUCUCUCUCUCUCUCUCCCUCUUAUAUCUUUUGCUUUUCUAAAUAUAGAAUCUAAUAGUAAUGGCUAAGUUAAGCUUCACUCUAUGCUUCUUCUUGUUUCUUCUGUUAUCUUCAGUCGCCGUUGGAAGCCGCCCUCUUAAGCAGGCACCUGUCGGGGUGAAGGUGAAAGGUCUAAGCCCUUCAAGCGAAGCUUCUAGUCCGAAUGUAGCGAAUGAUCAAGCUGCGGGUAGCAGCAGCAGCCACGGGAAAACUCCAGAGAGAUUAAGUCCAGGAGGACCCGACCCACAACAUCAUUAGUUAUUUAGGGUUUCCUUUAUAAUUAAGAGUUGUUUUCAAUUUCUUCGAGAUAUGUGUUUUCUUAUCAAAUAAUUUGGCUGCACUGAGUCUGUUUUUUUUUUUUUGUAAUAAAAUUGCGAAUUUGCGUUUGUAAGAUUAUUACAAAUUUCACUGUUCUAUUGA